AUGGCUUCAAAGCUUGAAGAGGAGUUUUGCUGUCCUGUGUGCUGUGACAUCUUCAAGGAUCCAGUCUUUUUGACCUGCGGUCACAGUGUGUGUAUAGCCUGUCUGCAGCAGUUCUGGGAGAAAAACGGGUCUGAGGUGCUCUGCUGUCUGCACAGUGAGAAACUCAAGCUCUUUUGUGUGGAUAAUAAACAGCCUGUGUGUGUGGUGUGUCGAGACUCAAAGAAACACACCAACCACAAGUUCCAACCUGUAGAUGAGGCAGCAGCUGAUUUGAAGGAGCAGCUGAGGAUUAAACUAGAGUCCUUACAGAAGAAGCUGAAGGUCUUUGAAGAAGCAAAACUCUCCUGUGAUGAAACAGCGAAACACGUGAAGACUCAGACCCAGCACACAGAGAAGCAGAUCAAGGAGGAGUUUGAGAAGCUUCACCAGUUUCUACAAGAUGAAGAGGCAGCCAGGAUGGCUGCACUGAGGGAGGAAGAGGAGCAGAAGAGUCAGAUGAUGAAGGAGAAGAUUAAAAAGAUGAGCAGAGCGAUCUCAUCUCUUUCAAAGAAAAUCAGAGCCAUAGAGGAGAAGAUGGGAGCUGAUGACAUCACAUUCCUGCAGAACUACAAGAGCACAGUGAAAAGAGCCCAGUGCACACUGCAGGAUCCAGAAAGGGUGUCAGGAGCUCUGAUCAAUGUGGCCAAGCACCUGGACAACCUGAAGGUCAAAGUCUGGAAGAGAAUGAUUGCUCCUGUGACUCUGGAUCCCAACACUGCACACCCACAUCUCAUUCUGUCGGAGGAUCUGACCAGUGUGAGAGUAGUUAAAAAUAACCCACAGAGGUUUGAUAAGUAUGCCAGUGUCCUGGGCUCUGAGGGCUUUAACUCAGGGACUCACUGCUGGGAUGUGGAGGUUGGGGAGAGCCCAUUGUGGUGUAUGGGUGUGAUGACAGAGUCUGCCCGGAGGAAGGGAGACUUUACCUCCAGGAGUGGACUGUGGUGUGUGGCAUGUAAUGAUGACGCAUAUAUAGCAUGUGCUACACCUCAGCUCUGCACUCGUCUCACAGUGAAGCAGAAACUCCAGAGGAUCAGAGUGCAGCUGGACUGGGACAGAGGAAAGGUGUCAUUCUCUGACCCUGAUAAUAACACACACCUACACACUCUCAAACACACUUUCACUGAGAGAGUGUUUCCAUACUUCUUCACUAACUCCUCUCUAAGGAUUUUAUCAGUGAGUCCCCAGUAACAGCAGAGCAGCACUGAUGGAGCUGAUGGUGUCUCUGACUGGACUCUCAUAAGGCCAGUAGGUGUAGUUGUGAAGGUGUGCUGAAUGUAACACACUUAAACCAGGAGAUCAUUACGUAAUACACUGAGUAUACUAAUGAUGACCGUGGGUCAGAUUUGAACCUUGAAUGUGGUACGGAUGCAUUUGACAGAACAGAGUAAUGCUCUACCCUGAUUGGAUGCUGAAAGUAGAAGAGGGUGGGGCAGAGCAAGAUUGGAGCUGUACUUUGGCUCAUGUAACUUUAAUGUAAAUUUAAAGUAAUUAAAUUGAUUGAUUACUGAAGGUGAGAGAAUGCAUUCUAUGUAAGCCACUUAUUUCAAAACGUGUGGCAACAGACAAAUAUUGUGUAGUCUGGUGAUAUGGUG